AUUCGAAUAAUUCUGUUGGGACGAAGCGGUUAAAAACCGCUCACCAGACGUCGUAUUGCCCACAGGAGACACAGGGGAAGUUUCAGGGGAGUUUUGUGACCCGGUUGCGGCGUCCCCUCACGCAGGAGGGCAUUGCCAUGCGGGACGUAUUUUUCUUUUGCCUGGACUUCCCGCUCUGAAGCUGCUGCUGGAGCUGCAGGUUUCCCAAAACGCUCCGAGUGCGUCUACCCAGACGAACGAGUUGUGGUUUGAUUUGUGCGGAGGAAAGAGGGAGAAUAACUAGAAACGAUAUGGGCGCUUUGCGUGCGCGCAUCUGCCUGUUGCAACCUGUUCUGUGCAGUUCAUGAACGGGGUGUCCAGGCUCGUUUUUUCUGGUGGAUAUUCCCGACGCGGGCGAGUUUUCUUAUCCUCGUUCCCCCACCAUCUCACUACUUCCCUUACUCUUGGUAUGCUCUUCAGACACUAUUUUUCCAUCAAAGUCAUGCGUCUCACCUGACCGGCACCGUUUCCCCCCGUCCUGUGUGGCCCGACGAUUCCAGCAGUUCGUCGUCGGAAGAAAACAGGAUAUAUCAUUUUCCCCGAGUGGCAGACACGGGACAUCCCGUUCCCAAAACGGUUGGAACGUGGCAGCUACAGACUGAGUGAGGGUCUAACCUCAAUUGUGCCUGCCCCCCCCCCCCCGUCCGUUUUCAAACGGGUGCUGCCCAUCUAUCUGUUUGGUGGCAGUUUGCGCCUUUGCCGGUUUUAGUCGGCACUCUUGGCUUUUCUUGCCGUGUUCGCAUCCGCCGUCUCCUUCGUCUUGCGGGUACGCUGUUCAUUCGGCGUCCUUGUAGGUGGAUCUCCGCAACGCCACGCUCGAAGGGUGCCGAGAGAGGCAAGCAGGAAGAACUUGUGCGGAGCGUCUUGGUUUCAUCUGUCCUUGGUUGGUUAACCCUGAAAGGCCUGAUCUAUAGCGCAUCUCCAGACCCACAUCACAUCCACUUCCAUCACUGGGUCGAAAUCGAUUCACUCAAAGCACGACAGCAAGAGGUUUCCCGGAGGGUCGCUACAGUCUUCCGUCGGGGACGUCUCAGUGGCAAGAGUAUAUAGAACCCUCUGUUCCACAUACGGAGCCGAGGAAGCGGAUCGUCCUUUCUGGGAUCCGCGCCGACUGCCUUCCUCUUUGCGAACGCAGCCGGACGUAGCAUGUAACAUAAUCGUCGUGCUCGUCUUUCUGACCUAAGACCGGAGAGGUGUCUGGCACUGUGGAUUCAAGGGACUUGCUGGAUUCUCGGGUCCUCACGUGUUUUCCUGUCAGUGAUUCAUUUACCUGGAUGGUCGUCUUCGUCAUUCCUUCAAGCCCCAAGCAGGAAUCUCAGGGUGUCUCUCUGCCUUACUGCUGAGGGAGAUUCUCUGCCAGUCGUUUGGCCUCUGCGCAGAGAGCGGUUUGUGUGUGUUUCUUGGGUCCUGGGAAGUGUGUUAGAAGAGUACCUGGCAGCCUCCUUCGUGUCCUCGCUCCUGUUUGUUCGCGUGAGGGGGCCCUUUCCUAGCAGCUACACAUAUACGCCUCCUCUCGUGACUUGUGUCUCCAUCCUUGUUGAAGGCGCGGGCACCUUGACGUCCAAGUUUACCGGUCUCAGACGGAACAAGGGAAAUAUGCGCGGAAGGCGGAGGGUGGUUCAUUUCCCCUUCCGCUUUCCUGCGUGAGUUCCUCUCUGCGUCCGUCGUCUUCCGCUCCGGCGUCAAGGCCAUCCGUAUUGGAGAACAAAAUGGAGAAGUCAGGACUGUCCAUGUUGAGAACGUCAACUCUUUCCGACAGACCGCCUGGCGUCGCUUCUUCCAGGAUACGAGAGAACUGCGCUGUCUCCUCGCACCCUUGGCUUCGAAGUGUCCACAACGCUGGAGCGUGUCUGCCCUCUGGUAUGUGACAAGAAGUUCGCUCUUCGUUUGAUUUGGAGUUCCGAAGCAGGCCCUCGGGACCGCUGAUUCAUCGCAAACUCGUGCAAGCGCAAUUCGUAUUCGUUAUCGGGUUUUCUGUCGUCCUGGGACUCGAGACAAAGUCCAUCGGCGAAGAGGGCUUCAGAAGGGGGAGUCGUCCAGUCGAGAAUAGGUGCGAGUAUACGUGUGAGUCUCCGACAAAGACGGAGAAGGAACAGAUGCAUGCUUGGUUAUUUUGGAAACACUCGUCUCGUGUUCUUGAGAAUUCUCCCGAAGCGAGACAGGUGCCUGACUUCCGGCCGACGGUGGGUAGGGUUGAUACUCAAAAAUUCUCUUUCUCUUUUUCGCGUCUUCUUAUCUGCAGUGUGUUGAUACCGUGUAGGAAGCUUCGACCGGGAUCCCUGUCGGCAUCGGAGCAGGGAAACGAUUUUCUGUCUUCUCUGCUCGCAGUCAUUCGCCUCGCUCGAGGAGUCUGCGCCACCGCAUCGUCGGUGUUUGUGACUUGCAGCGUGUUUGCUGGAGAGGAAGGGACUGGGGGAACGGAACAAGAAGUGCCUUUUACAAAACCAUUUGCGAGUCGAGCACUCGACUAAAAUUCGUUCACAAGUGUGUAGUAUUGUCACCGUGCACACGCGGAAAAGCGAGGCACACCGAGUCCUUUCUGAGACGGGCGACAGACACGUGGCCGGCGUCGUUCCAUUUGCCGCAUCGUAGACUGCUCUUCGGUUAAAAGACUCAUUUCAUCUGCUCGAAGCAGAGGGUUGCCCUGAUUGUGCGUGAAUGUGUAACCUGUGAAUGGAAUCGUGUUUUCUCGACACUUUGCCUUGGGAGAGUCUGGCGUGGAUCAGGCGGAUUAUGCCGUAGAGGCGGCAACUAUUCCUUUCCAGAAGAUUCUUCUUUAUUUGGCGGCCGAGAGGGACGGGAAGUCCAGAAAAACUGUCUUCCUGUUCCGAACUCCGUGGAAGGCAUAGCGGUCAUUUUGUACUAGGAGACGGCGAGCGGGUGGUUCUUGUGCGGAUAUAAGACUGACUUUGUGUCGCACGCGGGUUUUUAUUGGGCGUUAUCUGUUUUGUGUGUCCGGAAACCUGUUUGUGUGAGCACUCGUGUGGGGUUCCACACUUUCUUGGUUCCCCUCCAGCUGUCGAGGAACGAGAACGGUCUGUUCCUGCGGGUCGACUCGAGAGAGCCCGUUUUGUCCAGUUCGCGGCUCUGAGAAGCGGAAGAUGUCUCCUGUCGCUUUCGACCCAGAAUAAGGGACUAGAGAAAACCGCUUGGUGAUGCAUUAGCGGGGCGCGUGAAGAGACGUGUCCUGUUUUCGCGACUUCAGGCUUUCUUUGUAUGGUGAAAGUACCAUUUUCGACGCUGUUGUUGCAUUUGAUUUUGUUGUUCCGUGGCUUCCAACGUGGGCAAAACUUUAGGUUUAGUUUCGACAACAUUCGUGUUUAUUGUGCAGUUCGUCUGUUGGAGUCAUCAUUUCCACAGCGUAUUCUGUUCGGUAUCUGCCGUUAGCCGUGCUCAUUCCCACAAGCAGGCGGAAGGAAUAGCACAAAGGCUAGGCUGGAAAUCUAUCUUCUAUCCGCAGAGGUGGAUUCCACGGCUCUGGAAAAUCGAGUUCUCAGAGUUCCUGGAUUUUUUGGAAAUCAAACUUCUGGGGCGUGAGUGUCCGGUGGCGUGUCCCAUCGUACCGAGGGGGAACUGCGCACUUGCGUGCCCUCUGUGCUGAUGCUGUCGUUGAGCGUCUUAGAAUCUUGUCGCAAACGGCAGCACCAUGGUUGAAACGGUAGGCCGUCAGGAGGAGGCUGGGGGCUCACCCUGUGAUGAGUCUUCAGAGCCAUCGGCGGCAGCAGGCGAAGCUGCCAAUAGGGGGGGCCACACUGGCGAACGAAUUGAUGUAUACGGCCCCACGCGGGGAUGUGGAGCGGCGCGAAGCCGCCUCUUAAAGAGUGUGGACGAAGGUGUAGCGGGCAGUCCGUCUCCCCGGCAAGCGAGCGGAGAAGGAUCCGGCGCGGCAGAUCCACCCUCCGAGGCUGAGGAUCGAGCACAUGUGUGCAGACGGCGCUCUGCAAGUGGCGGAGCGCCCAAGAGUGGUCGUCAGCGGACUCGCAGACGAAAAAAGAAAGACAAGGGCGAGACAAGAUCGGAGGGUCAGGCUGAGCAGCGACCGGGACCGGGUGCCGAGAACGAACCCGCGGAGUCUUCAGCGGAAGUGCGGCAACACCCUGCAUGUAGACAGAACGUGGGGAGCGCACAUGACGAGGUCGGUGUUUCAGACAAGAGAGAACGGCUUCCAAGCGACACAAAUGUUCGGAGCCGCGAAGAGAAGGAAACAACGAGUAGCCAGAAAACAGACGGGAUCCGUUCAAAGGCAAGCAACGGUGGGACAGAAACGCCAGAGUCACGUGAGCAGAACGACUCGAAGCCCGUCGCAGCGACAUCCACCGGUGAAGCAAGGAUGCGUGCAGAGAGGCAACGCGAACAGGCGGUGGAGUCCAGCGCGGGACAUUCCGAGAUACCCCGCAUUCGAGUCUUGCGCGACACCGAUGAUGCGCCUAUCGCGCAAACGGGAGAGCACAAUGACAGGGAGGCUGAUGGAGGUUCUCCACAGCCGUCGAGCAGUGGAGAAGACAGUCGAAAGGCCAUGGACCAAGAUGAAAGUGAUGGUGAACGCGCUCUCGCUUCCAGCUCUGAACGCGGAGACAGCAGUGACAGCGUCACGGGCCCUCCUGUUCGCCUUGUGAGAGCGUACUCUCAGUACUACAAGACAAAGAUGUGCGUCUACGUCGUUCAAGGAAGGGCCUGUGCCCGUGACAGCAAAUGCGUGUAUGCGCAUAGUGAACGCGAGCUGCGGGAGCCCCCGAAUUUGGAGAAGACGCGUCUGUGCCCGGUCUUAAAGCAGACAGGCGCCUGCCCCAACAGCGACUUCUGUGCAUAUGCACACAGCGCUGUCGAACUCCGUCAUACCGUCACCGUCUUCAAAACGAAAAUCUGCCAUAUGUGGAACAAAGGAAAGUGUGGAGCGGGUCCGGCGUGCCGCCACGCUCACGGCUUGGAGGAGUUGAAGCGGCACCGCCAGCGCAGUCAGCAGGAGCUUGUGGCCUUGUCACGAGGCUCGAAUCUCCAGGGCGCCUCAAGUGGUUCAGCUGGGGUGCAAGGGGGCAGCUGUCAGAGUGAGGAAGAAGCGACGCAAGUCGAGAGAGGCGGCAUGUCUUCAUCUUCUGCAUCGUCGGGUGAGAGCGGCGACGCCCACAGUGCUGCGAAGGAUGCCAGUAAUGGCAGGGCGAAAGAAGAGGUCGAGACUCCAGAGUUGGAACCUAUAAAAGACGCGGUCGUGCCUGCUGUUCCUUUGGCAAGUGCCAAAGGCCGCUCCGAGAAGAAGCCGAUUCAGUCUGACCGCGUUGUGGCUCCAACUAAAGAGCGACGGAUAAUGGAGGGUUGCCGGCAGGCUGUGGCUGGAACCGACGGACCGGGACAGCAGCGUGUAGUGACACUGGAACCAGAGAAGAGCUAUGUGGGGUUUGUCGCUCAGACAAAAGGCCGCGAAGACAGGAAAGCGCAGGUGGCUGGCGGCGGCUCCAGGAAGGUGAGCUCGCAGCGUUUGCGAGAGGGCGUGUGUGAAGCUCAGGGUCGUCGCAUGCAGCUAGGUCGCCAACACGGCGACGGUUUGCGCGGUUAUGUUUCAGACCGGGAGGUAAAAACGUAUCACUCUUCUCGUGAGUCGGGUCCUGCCCUGGCGCCGCAAAAAGGCCGUGCGCGAAAUUUGAGUGGCUGCACCGGAGUCAAUGCACUGGAGGUGCCCGGCCGGGAAAGGGAAAUCGCGGCUGAGAGCCGCAGGCAACCCACUCUGAGUCCGUUGGAGCAAGUGUUGGCAUCGUCAGAACUCCAUCUCCCGUGGAUGCCGCCGCCUCCUGGCAGGAGUGGUCCACCCAUGCAGAUGACCGAGCAGGUGCCGACGCGGCAGGCUCAUCCACCGCGUGUCCCCUGGCCUGUGGGUGCAGAAAACGGUGAGACCUGGAGAGAGACGCCCGAGCCAGUCCCGGCUGCCCUAACGCACUACCUGUCGGCUUUGUUGGCACUGCAGGAUCCGGAGUUCUCGAAUCAGAAGGGGCAGAACUCGCGGGGAGUGGAAGAAUCAGUGAGUGGUAUGCGCAGGCGCCUGUCGUCCAUGUCGCUCAACCAGUCGGUUGCGCCGUUUUCGCGAGCAGCGGCGGGAGGGUCCGCGUUUCAACGUGCCACUCCCCGACCGGAGCACCCGAACUUCUGUGACCCUCUGGAGUCUGUGAACCGGAGCCUUCACCACUCUAGCACUGCUCAUCAGCGACAGGCGGAACAGGGCGCCCUGCUUCAGCUUUUGCUAGGGUGCAGAGCAGAGGACUUGGCUGGAGGGGCGACUCAUCGAAUGGCUUCCGGCGCGGAGUCGCGAACGCAGCAACUUCCUGCGCCGCUGUAUCGCGAGGCACAUUCGCGAACCGCACGGGGGUUCAGCGAGUCUCGUUCACCCAGAAAUUGGUUGGUGCGGACGGAAGAGCUCGAAUCUUUGCACUUCAGCUCGUCGCUUGCGUCAGGAAGGGGUACGCGCAAGUCCUCUGUUCCCUCUUUCGCGCUGUCGAACUCGACGGCUGCGGGACUUUUGGAGCUGCUUUCUAGGUCAGAGGCCGGGGGCCCAGGGCAACCUUCGCUUGAGUCUCGGUCAUCAGACGCUGGGGCGGCCUUUCCGCUGGCAGAUGGAGGGUUUUGGGGGCUGAGGAGUGACGGCGCGACGGGGGUUCUCGACUCAGCUUCGAGGGACGAGGGCGAGAACCAUGCGUAUACAAUCCCGCGGCUGCUCAUGAUGAAAGGAGACAGCGAGUUGAAAGAUUCUGUUCAGUAUUUCCUCUCCACCGUCGCUCCGAGGGCUUCCGGCCGCAGCACGCAGGGAAGUGGCUUGCAAGAUUACUCCCUGCAGGUGACGCGAGCUGCGGAGGUUUCUGGAUCACAACAGGGGCUUUUAGCAAUGCCGCACUCGACUGCCACAUCUCCAGACGACAGAUUUUGCUGUGGUUCAGCCCCACCGGUGGGCGCCUACUUUCCACAACCUGCCUCUGUUGGUGGGCGUCGAACAGUCGUUGCGGAACAGAGUCCACUGCCCACGGGGGUCACUGUGCCGUUUCCCGCCCUUCCCGAAGGAAAUGGGGAGCGCAGCGCGGACACCGAGGGGACUUCCUGGGCGCGUCAGGGGAACUGGCACUGACAGUUGAGACCACAUCUGUAUGGAGGGUUUCUCCGUUCAGUGUCAAGUCCUCUAGGUCCGUGAGGCUUCCCUGAUGGUUUUGGGAGCUCCCAAGGUGAAGGCCGAAAGGAUUCCCAGCUGUCACCCCUUCAUCGGUGGCGGGGCCGUGGAAGUGCGAAAGUCACUCCUUGCCUUGACGUGCAAGCAAGCCGAGCACGUGCACACUUGAACCGUUUUUUCCGAUCAACCGUUUUAGUUUUCACGAGAAAAGUGUCACCGAAGUGAGUGAGACUUCUCGGUGGCUCCACUCGAUCAGGGCCAUGGAUGCUCUGUAUGUUUCCGCAGUAGGCAAUCCGUGUGAAAACACGCUCGGGAUCCAAGCAGUUGAGUCAUCUGGAGACCAAGCGUUCGUGGGGUGACAUAAAAUAACGCAAUGGGUGACUGGUCCAGUGUGGUAUACUUGUCAGGCUUGGGGCGACUUCACUGGCGUGACAAAGACCACGAAGCGUUUUGAUCCGUUGCUACAGCAGGGAAUCGUCAUUCUUCUGUAUGGUAUGAGUGUCAUCGCCGCUGGCGCAUGUGUCGACUCUGUGCGGAUCAUGCCGCUUCUAGAAUUGCAUGCAAUGGGAGACAAACACCUCAAUGUUGCCAUAACUCCUGAUUUCCAGGACAUGUUCCUACAAACGAAACACUGGAAGGUGGUGAAAGAGUUUGCAGGACUGCAAUUGGCUUAAGUUGUGUGACGUCUCCAUUCGUGUUUAUUUGCCUUUGUGUUUUACGCAGCCUAGAAGUCCCAAACGUGGUGAUUUGUAGGUUUCCAUAUGCUACAUUGUCUAUCGUAUUCACCCCGGCAUGUUGUUGUUGCGCAAGAAACCAUUUCUUUUUUCUGCGUAAUCUAGGAAUUCUUGAUAUUCAAUAUUUUGUCAGUAGCCUUCAACGUCGACUGCGUUGUCAUUCGAAGUGGCGGAAGCUUUGCUUUUACCAUUUUUGCUCGUGUAGCUUCCGCGGAUGUUGUGAGUUUUUUACGCGGUGGACGGUGGGAGACGUAGAUGACGCUGCGAAGGCAGAGCUCGCGCGAUACGUGAACUGGAUGUUAAACCGGAGCGGCCAGUGGGAAUAUUGUGACCAAGGUGCGAAGAACCUUGAAUCGGGUAACGGUGGAGGUCGCCCUGCCUUUGACACUAAACAAGGGGAGCCGAAUCUGUACAGAAACAGCUCUCCCGAUGACAGCAUGAUUCUAUGCCCAUGUGGUGUGUGGAAUAGGAGCCUGUUAACGCGUCACCUUCCUUGUUCUGUCUCAGCCGUUCUGGAAUCUCCAGUGAGAGAUGCGGAUAGUGGUGGGAUGAGUUUGAGAGUGAGAUUCUCUCCCGAAGAGUUCCUGAAUCGUUGCUCCCUUACGAAAUACAGCAUGUUGUCGCCAUCCCGUGUUUGGGUCCUUUGUUUUUUUUUCAUGUGGGAGGCGUGUCAGUAGUCGACGAUCCGUGUUCUCUUCUUGUCAAUGGCAACUGCCUGGUGUAAUGCUCUUCGCCCAUCUCCACAUGUGUCAUUUUAGUGCCUCGGGAACUGCCCCGGCGUUCCGUCGUCCGCGUCUUCCUGCGACGAUGGCUUCCACAGCUGUUGGCGUGACAGAGGGUUACGCGAGACGAAUCACUCCCAUCGAUAUGUACGUUUGUGCGUCCAGUAACGCAUUUUUUGGGUAGUCGGGCUGUGACGCGCGUAUAUCACUUCGUCACGCUGGGGCAGUCGUGGAGUCUCCAACGGUGACAGCUUCCUGGAAGCCCAACUUGGCUUCGUUCCUUCUCGGGAUAAAGCCACCUCAGUUUAGAAUGGUGUAUUACGGGGACAUGACGUAGUCCUGGCAGCGCCAGGAAGAAAAAGAGUCAAUCCGGCACUCGGAAAGGGGUUGAACAGUUCCGGAGCGCCGCGCUCGAGGGCUCAUGAUCGUUUCUCGAGGCGGAUGAGUGUGAGAGCCCCGGUAAUGUUUUGUGCAGUUAGUUGCUGGGUCGGAAGUUGCCAUGGGUGGCCGACGCUUUCGUUUUCCCAGUUGCUGUUGACCUGUUCGUUUACCCCGGGGCAGCCCACAAAGUUACUUUGGGACGCCUAGAUGUUCGUUUGUUUGUGAGGGGCACCCGAUGGGCCUGUUAUUUGUUCAGAGUUCCUUAACACCUACGGUCCGUCCGCGCAUGUUCGUCAGGUGAUGCAAUAUUAUUACCAUUUUGAUCUGUCACCGUAGUGCAGCAAGCUCUUCGCAUCAGCAGGUGCGUGACGGUGUGCGUUUUUGUUUGUUUCCGUUUGUCCAUAUCCUCCAUGCCGAUGAAAUGGUGCGCGAGGGUAAUGGUUUACGGAAGACCGCCUCUGUCAUGCUACAUGUGAAGAUGCUGGCUAUUCCUGGCACAGUGCGCAUGGAUGUAUGACUGUCGUACGGUAAUACGUCUGCGUUUGAUAUAGAUUCAGCCGAUCGUUUCAUCCGUUCACAAGCGGGAUUCUCCAGUGAUGGAACGGUCGAAUGCACCUUUGCGUGGUGUCCACGACAAGAGGGGAGCUGUGCUGAGAAAAAAUUGUCAGACAGUUAUGAAUAUUCUCUGCCCAGUGCCUUUGUUUCUGAGAAUGUGGGUUGGCUUGUCGGAACGUGUGCAGCGCUUGACAACACAAGUGGCAUUGUUUGGAGAUAUUUUAGGGGGUUGGUGGAAACACCUUGGCCGUGAGUUGGUGUCUGACGUUCCGAGACAACAGCACGUGUUCGAUUGCGGUGAACCCAGCUCGCUGAUGAAACCCCUGACUUGUCUCUUAAGGCCUAUGUAUUGUGGCUGUUUUCCUCCUGGAUUCUGCUGUUAGCUCAGUAAGCGAUGUUGACAAGUACGCGUGUAAUGCUCAGGGCUGCGACGCUAGCAGCGUUUGACCGAACCCUAGCAUGUUUUAUGUCAUCAUGUAUGGCUGGUGGAGCACUCAUAUGGCUGUGGUAGUAUUGAGGAGCAGCAGCUGCUUCCGUCAGAAAAUCUGUGUUUUUCAAGCAGUCAAAAGGACGAGCAGGUUUUUACCUGCCAGCCGGUGUCAAGUAUCGCAAGUUGCAAUGCAGAAAGCGUACAUCGUCAGAAAAGGCGACGUAAGCCUUUUCACUGGUUGCAACCAGCAAGGCUUCUCACAGCUAAUGCACGCUUCCAUUUGGCACUCGAUAGAACUCACAGUCUUGUUUCUCUACUUCCAGUUCAGGGUCUCGGUUCUGCGGCACUUUUGAAUGAAAGACACAAUUGCGGAAGAGGGCACCGCUUCUGCUGGGAUUUGAUGUUAUGUAUUUACGGUAGCACCAUUUGCAUGAGCCGAAAGUAUGAAAUAUGCUGCCACAUGAAUACAAAGGAGAAGCCUUAACGAGUUGCGGCUUCACGGCAGAGGUGUGGAUCCUGAUCAGUGCGGACCAAAAACGGCGGAAGGAGAUCCACUGAUAGCAUGCCUGCUUCUAGUGCACGCUUGCGCAUAUAUUCAAGCUCGUCUUCAGUGAUUUGGCUUGCCCGUGAAAGGAAGAAAAAGUACUUCGAUGGUCUUGGCCCUCCGACGAUAGCGUAGUUAUAGUCAGUCCACAGUACCCAGUAAUUUCCGGGAUCUGUUGAUGGCGGGUCCCUUUCUGUGAAAUCCACAUAGAACCGUGCCUCUUCGAUGAUGCCAUCUUGUGAAACUGGUGACACCGGAUAAGCCUUCCCCCGAACUUCGCUGAAUUGCUGUCUUUUGCAGCUGUUGCGUACAUCAACAGCUGUCGAUCCUGGGGUCCAGGAGUACUCAGCGAAGCUGCAGUGACACCCUAAUUCAAAAGUUGCCUUCGCAGCACGGCUACUGGCCUGCUCAUACCAAAUACCGGCGUAUCUUCUGAUGUCUAAGUUCUUCAUCGCUUGUACUUCUUUGUUCGACGCCGCCUCCGUCAAAGACGUCAGUACAACGGUAAAAAUAGUCAGUAUACCGAUUUUAGCCGGCAUCUUUCACUGUGAAUGAAAAGUACUGUUGCAUUUAUAUCUUUUUGAAGAUACCCUGUGGCGGGAUUCUCGGGUGCCGCGUGAGGAACUUGUGCUUCGUGUGUGAAACACUCCGCUGUCCCUCAGGUGUAUCACGUGAUAUCUCGAGUUCUCCACAGUGAGACGGCUGUUCGCACUCGAGAGCAAACCAAGCCUGAUGCAAUCAAAGCCAAAUAGCCCCCAUUCCUAUUUGUAACAAAACAUGUCAGUGAUAAUUAGGUCAAAGGGAUAUGUUUGAUGAGCAACACCAAAGGCCACAAGCGUUGACAAAGACAACACGGCUGCUCCAGAGUCAAAAACAAGGAAGGAGACACGAUUGAAAUCAUAACACACAGAGCGCCUAUGAGCUAUCGCAGUGACAAAGAGAACAACUGCUGCCUGUAGCUAUGAUGCGACGAGAUAAACCAGUAUGCACCCGUGAAUCUACAGUCGCUUCCGUGCAUGCAUGCAUCGCCAACCAACAGCAAGUCGCGUUGCAAGCAGCACCUGACCUACCCAAUCAACUACAGCUGCACGAUGCCAAAGAAAAAAUGGCCCCACAGCUGCCUAAUCUGCAAACGGCUGGCUUGUCAGUUUGACGCGGUAACAAAUGAACUGUAGCGCUCAGCGGUUAGUUAUCCCGCAAGAUCUCGUGCGUUUUUCUUUCAUGACUUUGAGCGUGCUGUUUCUCGAUGUUGCCUAUCACCAGACGUGAUGGUAGUUGCAAAGCACCACCGGUCUUUUGUGACAGGAAGUUGAGACGUUAUCAUCAAAGAUAUACGCCGCUACUGAGGCAUGCCUAAUGUGUUUCCAUACCACUCGUGCACUCCUGGGCUCGGAAGCCAAUACAGGAGCAAACUAGUCCGAGCUUACGCCCAAUAACAGGGAGGUGCUAGUAGUUGCAGAAAGAGUCGCGACAGUAAUUUUUUCGUUCAUUGACAUAUACCUGAUGAGUCACUGAGGGCAGCGGUAGUGGGCCAUAGCAAAACUGUAGCAAUCACGGGAGUUUUGUGGCGGCGCAGCCUUCCGCUGCCAUUUAACGAUGCAGUCACUUGAACUAGUUUAACGACCCAUAUUUUUUUCAUGAAUCAUGUUCGAAAGAGUUCUGUUUCCUUCUUCGUAUGCGUGCCUCUGGAUACAGAAUUUCUCGAAAGUCCCAAGACUAGCGAGCAUUGAUCCACCAACCCACGCACUGAAUCGUCUGUGGCUAUCUG